AUGCUUGAUCCUCUAACCUCGAUCUCGCUCGCAAGUGCCAUUGUCCAAUUUAUCGAUUUUGGGUCCAAGCUGGUGGCGGAUGGCCGUGAGAUCUACGAGAAUGGCACAUUAACCUACCAUCAAGAACUGGAUCUGAUUACUAAAGAUCUCCAAACCCUUACUGAAGAAAUAGAGUUGCGUUUAGUGCCCGCGACAACGAUCUUGGCAGAUGAAUUAGCUUUGCGAGAACUAGCCAUCAAGGCCAAAGAGCUAGCAGACCAACUACUUACUGUUUUGGACACAGUAAAGUCUACAGACGGCCAAAGUGUACUUCAAAGUUUCCGGCUGGCACUUCGCAACGCAAGAAAAAAAGGGAAGAUUCAAGACACCGAGAAAAGAUUGAAUAAAUUGCGAAAGCAAAUCAAUACUCGUAUGAUUACAAUAUUAAGCCACAAGCAAUUAGGCGUUUUUGGGGCCGUGACGAAUGUGUUAGAAGAGAUCCGACGAAAUGACAUGAAUAUCGAUAACAAAAUCGAGAGGCUACGAACAGACUUAUUAAGAUCGUUGGAAACAAAACUCUAUGCUGGAACGAAUGACACGAUUCCAAAGCAAUGCGAUAAACUUGUCUCCGAAGCACAACGGGUCACGACUUCAUACGAAGUGCUGCGAAGUUUACAUUUCAAAACUAUUAAAGAUCGCGAGGCUAGAAUUAAAAGUGCACACAACCAUACUUUCGAUUGGAUAUUUGAUGAUUCCGAUACCGUUACAGGGCACCAGACGCAGUUCCAAGAUUGGCUACGAAAUGGAAACGGAAUAUACUGGAUCUCUGGAAAAGCAGGGUGUGGAAAAUCAACACUCAUGAAGUAUUUGUGCAGCGAUGCGCGCACGAAAGAUCAUUUGAAGAUCUGGACUGGGACCUCAAAUAUCUUCAUCGCUAGUUACUUUUUCUGGGGUAGUGGGAACAAAAUGCAGAAAUCACAGCUAGGUCUUUUGCAAUCGUUAUUGUAUCAGAUAAUCAAUCAAUAUCCCGAAAUCAUCUCCAGAGUUUGUCCCUCUCGCUGGACUGUGGUUAGAAAACAUGAGGACGAAUCUGAUCUGUGGAGUUUACCAGAGCUCUCGGAAACAUUCGACCGUAUCGUAACAGAAGAGCAUGCUUGGUCGACGCGCUUUUGCUUUUUUGUGGAUGGUCUGGAUGAAUACGACACACAAUAUGGAGAAUAUACGGAUCUUAUCAAAAUUCUUCGAAGCCUAGCUACAUCCUCUGUUAUUAAAUUGUGUGUUUCUAGUCGACCUUGGAAUGUGUUUCUUGAAGCCUUCGAUGAUGGUGAUAUACCGAAGCUUGUUGUACAGGAAUAUACCAAGCCAGACAUCGAGCUCUACGUCAAGAAUCGGUUGGAAGACGAUGUUCGAUUUGUUCGCCUAUCGAAAAAAGACAAUCAGUAUCAGCAACUCGUGCAAGGAAUUGUGGAAAAAGCAAAUGGUGUUUUUCUCUGGGUCUAUCUUGUUGUCAACUCACUCCUGAGGGGGUUCACAGACGACAAUGACAUAUCAACCUUGCGUGGCCGACUCGAGCAUUUACCUGCGGACCUUGGGGAUUAUUUUCGACAGAUGCUUGAAACCAUCGAAGAUGUGUAUCGCGUACAAACUGCCCAAAUAUUUCAGAUUGCUGUUAUAUCAUCAUACCCUUUACCUCUUCUAUUGUUUAAUUUUCUGGCUCAAGUGACAGACGCCCCACACUCCAAAAUCGACAACAAAACGCAGGUUCAGAGAUUUACUUCACAAGAUAUUAUUACUGUGACAGAGAAGAUGAAGACAUAUAUCAAUGCCCGAUGCAAAGACCUUCUUGAGAUAUAUGUAGAUAACGAUCCUGAGGAAGCGAGUUGUCUACGAAACAAAGUUGGGUUCCUACACCGCACAGCCAAAGAUUUUCUCAUGACGAAGGAUAUACAAGAAGUGCUAGAAUCCCGGCUGCCAUCAAAAUUUGAUGCAAGAAUUACUUUGUGUAAUCUCUAUCUCCGGCAACUGGAGUCGCUCCCUUUGAAGGAAGAUCAUGGAAGUUGGCUACUGACAAGAAUAUCCACCAUGACACGAGAACUUGUAUACUACCUUUUUGAAGCUGAAAGAAUCAAUGGCGUAGCCGAAGUACUUUUAUUAGACGAGCUUCAUCAAACACUUUCUACCCGCGCCCAGGAACUGCAUAGGUUGCCCCAGGCUGCGUUCAAAAAUCAUAUUUUAGCACAUUACAACACGACGACGUUUGCCAAAUUAAUCAUCGAAGGACAAUUGGUCUUGUAUCUCGAACAUCUGGUUCGCAGAGAAACGUGGCUACUUGGCUCCGAACCUCUUCUCAAUUACACAUUGCUCAAUUUUGGAAAAGUGCCCCCACAACGCUUGCACUACGAGGCUGAUGUGACGGUCGCCAUGGUUCGCAUACUCUUGGAGCGGGGAGUAAAACCCGACGAGGCAACGUGGUGGGAGUUCUUGGUCUCGUUUGACAAGAUUUCCAGACCGGCGUAUCGCGACCAUCUCGACGAAGUCUUUGACAUUUCGAAAAUGCUUCUGGAACACGGCGCGGACCCAGACUACGAAUUCGACAUGCAAGAAGGAGAGUGCACAAGGUACGCGAGAGGAAAGGGCGGGAGACGCCGCAAAGUUACAGAACUCCAAUGGGUGCGCAAGGUGGCAUCCGAGAUUCUCGUGAAUGGGUUUGGCAAAACACCGCACCUCGAAUCGCAAAUCAUAGAAGUUAUUCACAAGAGCAGACUCAAACGUUCAAGCUCAAGGUGGUCUCUUUGGCGACUACUUACUCCGAGAUAG